UUUAGUUUAAAAUUGUCAGUUGUCCUUUAAAACAAAUUUUCAAAGAAAAAAAUGUCUUACUUUUUGUAAAUGAAAAUAAAAAUGUCUUCUCUUCAAUUUGGAAUGGUUCAAAAUAAAAUAUGCUGAUUAAGGUUCUGUAGGGUAUUACCAGUUUCGAGCUUUCAAAUAGCUCAUUAAUCUGGUUGGUAAGUGUUCCGGCUAGAUUCGCUGAGAUAGAUCGCUGAUCGGUGAUAACCCGCUUGGAGAGCAAAUUACCGAAUGGCCGUCAGUUUUCGACGAUCUGCCAUCGCGAGAGUGUGUCUAUCGAUGCAUACCUAUUCAGUGACUUACGAGGGUUCUCCCAACAACACCCCCGGUUCCUCCUCUUAUGUGCCGUGCCUGACCUUUGCCCCCGGUCAGAAUGAAUCCAAUCAAACGGUAGAGCAGCGGAUCGGACCGCUUGUCGCCGAACGAACUUCCCGGCGGCGUUUCUUCUACGGAAUUGAAGUAACUGCCAACGAAAUGGGCGGCGGGCCACCAGUUUGCUUGAACUUCAACCACUUCCUGCCACUUCUGCCGACCUUUGUCAGCGUCGUUUGGCUAAAUCAGCGGUACUGGGACGUGGAGCCAAUCGGGCAAGUUAGGAGCCUCCAGAUGGCCAAGCACCUGGCCACCCACAUCCCCGUGCUUCCCCACCUGACGGCUUUUAGAUUGUCGGAGCGGCGACUCAAUCAGUUCCUGGACCUCAACUUCAGCAGCAUUUUGGCCGUUCGAGGCGAUCAAGUCCACGAGGACCAGCGGUUCCGGUUAGCUUUGCCAAUGAUCGAGCACCUACGGCAGCAGCGAGAAAAUAUUUCAAUCUGCGUGGGUGGAUACCCAGAGGGAUAUACCAAUUUAGGCGACUUUCCUCCAGCUUUUACUAAAAACAUAGCAUUUCUGAAAAAAAAGGUUAUAGCCGGAGCAGAUUGCAUUAUUACCCAGAUAUGUUACGAUUCCGAGGCAAUUGUGCAAUUCAUAAAGGAUUGCCGGGCUGCUGGGAUCACUGUUCCCAUUUUAGUGGGACUGACACCGCACGAAUCCUUUCGUUCGUACUUGAUGAUGGAGAAUGUAGCCAAUGUCCGACUGCCGACCGACUUACGCCGACUUCUUGACGACCAGCGAGGCAUUCCGAUAAGGGAUACGCUGACCGAAGAAGAUCCUGUUAAAAAGUUCUUUAUAAACCUAACCGUCAAAAUCGUUCGCGAUGUCCUGGAUGCUGAUUUGGGCAUUUGGGGUUUUCACUUUUUUACUCUCAACCAAUUUAAACUUGUUCAGGAAGUGCUUCAAGAACUUCGAAACCUUAAUGUGAUAGAAGAUGGUGACCAGAAUGGAAAGCAAGAUUGAGCUUAAAAAUAAAAAAAAAAAAAAAUAAAAAAUAAAAUAGUAUAUUGUAAA